AUGGAGGUUAUCUCGUCGUUGGAGACUGUUCUCCUUUCUCGGCAUCACACCAAGGAAUUCAUAUACAUAUCCGCCACUACAGCACGAUAUAUCCCUUCUGACACAAGAUAUAUGUUUACUCUUUGGAAGAUAAAGUCCAAAACCACCUGCAAGACAAAGUCCAAGACAACCUCGAAAACCAUCUGGAAAAUGUGUGGCGGCGGUUAUUCUCAUUCUCACUCUCCUCGGGGCAGGGGCCGUCAAUCCCCUCACUCCCACCACUCUCACUCUCACUCUCACACGAGGCGAGGAGGUGGUUGUGGCAGCCACAGUCACGGUCACGACCACGAUGAUCACCCGUCUAACGGCCGCUAUGAACCGGAACUUGUCCAAAUCGCUGUGCCGGAGCCAGAAGCAAAGCCAUACGUCUGCUACUGCACCGGCCCAAUCCCCCCGAUGCCCGCGCCUACAUGUUAUCCGAUGAUCUGCUGUUACAAGGACGCACCGCCCAACUGCCUCCCUCCCCCUUGCCUUCCUGCCCCUUGCCUUCCCGCCAACUGCCUCCCUGCCAAUUGUCUGCCGCCGGGCAGUUUUUCAUACGUCUGCCCUCCUCCCCCGGCUUCCGAUGAGUUCAGACUCGAGGUGAUCGACACCAGCGACGGAAGGAACCGCGCUCGCAACGGAGAGAAGUACACCAUCACGAUCGAUUCCAAGGCCACCAUCGACGACGUUUUCUACAUGGUCGAUUGCCGAAACGAGAAGGAUGUAAAUGUGCGAUGGAAGAAUGACAUUCUCGAGGAGCUGACCCAGGAGAUUCGGGUAGGCGAACUGAGGCGCAAUGCCAAGUGUCUCGUUGUCACGGACUUUUGCUGCGGUCACUGA